AUGCAAUGGAAAGAAAAGCAAACAGGAAGAGGAGGUCUUCCGGGAGGGUAAACAUCAGUCAUACCGGAGAGUAUUUGUUGUUGUUUUACUUUCUAACGACAUAUUUUUGUGAUUUAAGAAUAAUCGAAACUGUCACAUAAAGAAUUAGACGAUAUGGCGACUAUCAGCACCCAGAGGGGGCAGGUGUAUAUUGGGGAGCUUCCACAGGAUUUUCUUCGUAUCACUCCCACCCAGCAGCAGCAGCAGGUCCAGCUGGAUGCCCAGGCAGCCAGGCAGCUGCAGUAUGGAGGCUCCAUCGGCACUGUAGGACGACUUAGCAUUACGGUGGUCCAGGCCAAACUGGCUAAAAACUAUGGUAUGACCCGAAUGGAUCCGUACUGUAGGAUCAGACUGGGCUAUGCAGUCUAUGAGACACCAACUGCUCAUAACGGAGCCAAGAACCCGCGCUGGAACAAGGUGGUCCAGUGCACGGUCCCUCCUGGGGUUGACUCGUUCUACUUGGAGAUCUUUGAUGAGAGAGCGUUUUCUAUGGAUGACAGGAUAGCGUGGACACAUGUCACCAUCCCUGAAGGCCUAAGGGAGGGCAGAGUGGUGGAUGAGUGGUUCAGCCUCAGUGGCAGGCAGGGUGAUGACAAGGAGGGCAUGAUCAACCUGGUUAUGUCUUUUGCUUCUUUACCAGCAGGGAUGAUGACUCAGCCUGUCGUCCUUAUGCCGUCUGUCUAUCAGCAAGGAGUGGGAUACGUGCCCAUCACAGGGGUUCCUGCAGUCUACAACCAGGGCAUGAUGCCUAUGGCAAUGCCAGCUGCCAUGCCAGCUAUUGGGAACCAGGGGCUACCGUGCACUGAGGAGGACCUGAAGGCUCUGCAGGACAUGUUCCCCAACCUGGAUAAGGAGGUGGUUCGCACUGUACUGGACGCACAGCAGGGCAACAAGGAUGCUGCCAUCAACUCUCUGCUGCAGAUGGCUGAGGAGCUCUAACUACACAAGACAAACUGAGAGCAGACAUGCCAACACACAUGCAUUCACACUGACAAUAGUUUCUACUCAGAGCUCCAGCCCCUCCCUUACACACAUGUACACGGUCCUCCCACAGUAUGGCACUCACACACUGCAGCCAAGCUGAGUUCCCCAAAGAGUUUUGUUUCCUCUCCCUUUAUCACAGUUCAGAUGAAGUAUGGAGGGUCUCUGCUUAAACACAACUCUGCUCCUACUGAGACUAGAUAGACAAAGCAUCAGAAAAAGAGUACUCCCCGUUGGUUUUAAGAAAUUACUUGUAGAAAACUUUAUCAGUGACAGGGAAUUAUAUAAGUCAUGACAUGAUUAUUAAGGUUUGUAUAUGUACAGUAGAGGCAGUGGUGCAAUCUGAUACAUAUUGUAAAUCUUACUAACCCUCAGUUUAAUGUUUCUAAAUGUUUUAGUGUCUCUGUAUUUUACUGUAGCCAUGGUAACUUAGUUGGUGUUCUCCCCUUGUGAUUAUAGUAUUUAAUUUCCAAAGUCUGAGCAUUAGCAAGUUCACUGUCUGUUUAUGUUGAUGCUUUUGUGAACAAUAUUGUUUUGAAUAUUGAAUGUUUUGGACCUGCCAUAACUGCUUCUGUUUUAUUGGUAGCUGUAAAAUGUGUAGUGCAUUUCAAAUUAUUAAUUGUGGAUAUAUAUUUAUAGAAAUAUCUGCAGUAACAAUAGAGUGAAUGAAAUGACCUGAUUAGAAUCUCUCCACUGGGAGUAAUCUGUAACAAUGUUAACAGAAGCUCUCUGCAGUGUUUUCAGUCACUCAGUCCGAUCACGAGGGUUUGAUGUGCAGUUAUUUCCCAAAUGAACUGCAGAGUUUAGAGGCAGUACGAAGUAAAGAGGCCACUUUGAAAAUGAAAUCUGAAUGUUUGAAGCUCAACAGGAUGGUAUCUGCAGAGUUUUUGAGACCAACAAUGCUCCUUGUUUUUUUGCACAGUGACUUGGUAACUAUGUGUUCUAGUCCUAAAGUUGUCGCCUGCCAAAGUUUUGUCUGCCAAAGUUCUCAUCUAUGAGACUGUCAGACUCCAAAAUUAUUGUUUAAAAUGCAGUGUGAUUAUUUUAGUGAAAUACACAGCAUCUUUAAGUCCAGGAACUUUGGUGUUCAGUUGGUGUUUGCUGAUUUCAGAAUGUUAAUGUAUUGAAGAUCUAGCAUGAAUUGCAAAGUUUUACAUCACAAGAUAAGAACAAGUGUUGCGCAUGUGACAUAUUUUUAGGUGACAAGCUGCUUUAAUUGUAGGAACAACUGGAAGUCAGCUGAUAGCAGAUGCUUAGCAGUCGGAUUGGAAAACCUUUCUGUAAGAGUGUUUCCUUCAAAAUGUCAUCAAAAAGUGUUAAACCUCCAUGUUGCCUAGAAUAUACAAAUGUUUUUCAAAGAGA